AUGCCGCCUCUUGCCAGUCAGCAUGGUAAGGCUGAUCGUAAGUUCCAGCAUAAACUGGAUGAUAUCAAUACUAGGCUCACAGCACCAUUAGUACCUGUGGGUAGAGAGGCAGUAGUAGCAGCUCAGGCAUUGGCGAGGAAGCAUCCAUCCCAUCGAGAGGCCGUUUUAGACUCGUUAAUAGCAGCCGCUACUGCUGUUGAGGAGGACUCUCCCCGGAGUGUGGAGGAGGAGGGGUACGGGAGACCGUUGACGCAACAUAAACAGUGCUUCGAAACACUCUUGGUAUAUGACCUCGGCUGUGCCCGGAGUACGGACUCUGAGUCAAGAAUGCUUUUUGAAUCGGAAAUUAACGACCUUGUAGCCCGUCAUCCCUGUCGAAGCCUUUGCAGAGCUGUUGUUACUGAGCUUAUCACAUGCUUGAGGCCAACUGUAAAGCGAUGCCUUACCAUCCUACCUAUCGACACAUCGAAAGCUCUACUCAAUUCAAGUCAUUCUACUGAGGUACCUCAAUGGGUCUUGGAGGAUAUCAUCACCACUACUCUACAAGUCCCCCUCCCCGGUGGUAAUCAGACCUUCACCGAUAUCAUCAGCGUCAUCUUGAGUGCAGGAGGUGUUCCGGUUACCUCGGCAUUGAUGUUGGUUGCAGAAAGGCUUCUACGAACGGUCUAUAGGGGUAGUCAUGAAGGAGUACGAGGGCUUGUAUAUCUACUCGCCAACAUCCAACAGCAGCUACCACCGGCUGUACCUGUGUACUUGUCGUUUAUAGUGGAGGUGGUGAUUGCCAUAUCCCUCUGGGAGCUAGGAGACCAUAUUGCCUACCACACGGCUGAGAUGUUAAUCGAUUGUUGUCCUGUUAUCUACAAGGAUGAUAUACCCGUGCGAUACCUCCUCAUAGCGGCCGUUAUGGCUCUGCCGGACCCCCGACUGUCGUCUAGGUACUAUCAUUCCUUCUUCAUGCUCAACUAUCCGUGUAGUCUCGAUAAGAAGCUAUCACCACUUGAUCGAGAUGUGGCCUCAGUACAAGAGAGUACCCAAGUGAAGGUACCAGGCUCUCUACCAUUAGCUGCAAUGUGGUUGGAGUGGUCUAAGACGAUGAUGGAUGGCGAUGCCUCGAUUACCAAUGAGGACCUGCCUCCGCUGGCUAUUGCUACACUCCUUUAUCGUCUGUCCACUUAUGCUUCUGAAGUGGAUGAGCAUGUGGUGGUAUGUCUGGUAUCGGGCCGAGGAUUCUCUCUGCGUAUGCUACCACACAUAGCGUUAUUGAUACCUAAGCUAUCAUCAAAGGGAACUGAGAUGCUGGCCUUCGCUAUGGCGGCUCAUCUAGGGUCUCAUACGGAGAUCUCGAAGCAAGCUGCAGUGAAGGUUAUACCGGACGUCUAUAUUGAUAAGCUACUUGAUGGGCUCGUUGAGUGCCAUAUGGAAGACUCCUACAUACAGCUCUUGGAGGCUUAUACCACCGAGUACAUGUUGGCGACUAGCUGGAAGAAGUUUAUGAACAGGCUUGUAAAGAGUGGCAAUAUUAAGCCCAUGGAGAUCUUUGAUACCCUCAUAGAGGCUUUGGAUACGAACCCGGUGAAUGCUCUCUUGGGUUUAUCAGCGUUGGGUAGAUGUCGAGCUAUGCAGUUCUCUAUGAAGGCCAAGGAUGCUAUAGAGGGAGUCCUCCACGCCGCGGACGAGUCGGAUAUCCUCGAAUCUGUUCGGUCGACUGCUGUUAUAGCAUUGGCCUUGUUACUUGGUUCGCUACCCUAUAAUGAAGCUAUCACUGCUGCCGAGAGUCUAUUCGCUCCUUUGGAGCAUUCAAGCUCGGCCAUUGAUACUACCACAAGGCUCUGGAUGAUGCCUUACUUGUGUUUAUUCCAUCCUGCUAGGGUUGAUCACGUCAUUGAUUGUUUGCUUAUGGGCUGCAAGGAUCCUGGUACUGCCACUGCAUGUGGGUAUGGUCUUGCCUUAUUUGUUAUACUCCAUUUUGGCCGUCCGGAGGUUUUACAAAGCCUCAUCAGUCGUCUGAAGGAUACUCAACCAUCGCCAGUUGAUACCUGUGCACGCGUGCUAUGUGGACUAGAUGUCAACGACAAUUGGCAUUUCAUUGGUGAAUUGGGGAUGAUUGCUGCCGGUCUUGCUGGACUGCCCCCAGACCGAAUCACGGGGCCAUAUGAUAGGGCCGACCCAGAGCUGAGGGUCCUGUAUGUUGGUGCACUCUUUGGAUGCCCGGGGACUCUGCCUAUCAUACCACCAGAAAGCUUCACUGCGCCACGAAACUGCUUCAGUGAUAAUGCUCUUACUGUGGUCGACAAGUUGGAGAAGUAUGACAAUGAAUGCACCAUCGGAGUGGCAAUUCAACUAAUGCAAUCAGCCGAAUCGAUUACCUUCACGAGUGCAAAGCAUAAGCAACGAGAGAUCAAUGCCUUGUCCUACAUCAAGGAGGGGAGUGCUCUUCAGUACAUCCUGCACAGUUCACAAGCAGACAAAUCGUCACCGCGCCACGAGAUUAGCUUAAUAGCGGCGACUAGACUAACUAAGGCCCUUCCGCGCAAGUGUAUGCGUAUCCUCCUAGGAGGUUCUCAAGGAUUAGAUGCCACUUCUGGUUUGAAGAUACGUUUGUUGUCGUACUGUGGUGAAGUCGGCUUAUCGGAAAUGUUUGACCUCUACACUCGAUCGGCCUCAGUACCAGAGGAUACUCUAGUGUCUCUGAUUCGAAUAGUUGGUAGUUUAUCCAUGGAGUCCAUGGACGCACCAAUGAUAUCUGCACUAGUAGCCUUGGCUCAGGCUGCGUCCAAGAGCGAGAACACUGCCGCACAGUUCCUCGAUAGUUUGAUGACUAUGUUGUCCGCUUGGAGGGGAUCUUCCGAUGACUCUAAGGAUGUCGACACAUGCUGUGGGGACGUAGUGGAACCUUUGAUAACCGGAGCCCCGCAACUUUUCGCUCGCCCGAGGCUCUGGAUGGCUUGUCUAGAUCUGCUGAAUGAGAAUGUAUCCGACCUGUCCCUUGAGGAAGUGAGGAGUCUCGACCCACUGUUGACGACUCGAAUAGGAAGGUUCCAACCAGCCAUUCGAAAGGAGCUGUUGCUUUUAGAAAAAGCCGAUAAGCUUUGUUGUGAAGGACGGGAUCUGUUGACCAUUGGUGAUAACUUCGUUACCAUUGGUGGCGGCAUACAAGGUAGCCGUAGGAUGAUCCUUGGUCUGGCUGAACGAUUCAAGAGUGAAGCUGAAGAUAGUGUAGUUCGUAAGGUAUGCAGGCAUCUUGUGGCAGCUAUGGGACUGUCGAUUGCCGCUCCGAGGGAACUACGCCUCGCUGCUACGUCCUAUGCUGUUACCGAGCAAAUUGAUACUAUUCUACCAGCUCGUCUAGCAGAAGGGUGGCAGCAUACGAUAUCUACGAAUGUGAUGUGUAAUAUCGAUCACAUGAUCGAUUAUCUUGGCAAGUGUUUGAUUUGUGGAGAUAUAUUUCCUGCGAGUGAGGACCCCAAUAUUCACCAGCUCGUCGAGGAUAUGUUCUCUGCUCAUUGCUGUGUUCCUUAUUAA